AUGGAAAAAACGACUUUCGGGCCGUUCAAGGGCCAUACCGACGGCAUUCUCUGUCUUGCAUACUCCCCCGACGGUGCGUUCCUCGCCACCGGAUCUGACGACAAUAUGAUACGGAUAUGGGAGACAUCGACGGGUCUUCAAAAUGGGGAGGUGCUGAAAGGGCAUACUAGCCAUAUUCAUGCCAUCGAUUACUCUCCUGAUGGACAGCAUCUAGUCAGCGGCUCCCACGAUCACUCUAUUCGCGUGUGGGACACGAAUACUCACCAGACGAUCAUGGGCCCCCUCAAAUGCCACAACCUGGUUCACUCGGUGAAAUACUCGCCGGACGGCGCAUUCAUCGCAAGCGGAGAUCAUGACGGGCUUAAGCUAUGGGCUGCACACACUGGAAAUUCCGUUGCAACAUACGUGCACCCACGUCGCAUCAAUUCUGUGUCGUUCUCCCCAAGCGGCGAACAUGUCGCAACUGCCUGUAGAGACAGAUUUAUCCGUAUUUUCACUCUCAAUGUGUCUGGACUCGAACUAUCACGGGAGAUUUCAGGACAUACAUCCUCGGUCACUAGUAUUCAGUACUCUCCCGACGGAUCCGUCAUAGCUAGUGCGUCGGAAGACUAUACCAUCAGUCUAUGGAAUUCCCAUUCCGGCGAAAGGAUCCGUGACCCGCUGCAUCACAAUGGUGGUCACGAAUGGAUCUGGGCCAUAGAUAUAUCAAGGAUUGACUCUCUUGCGAGCGGCGCGGAAGACGGCAUCAUUUGCAUAUGGGACCUUCAAUGCGAAGAUACUAUCACGAAGCGCCUCUUCGGUCAUGACGGGCGUGUUCGUGCCGUCAAAUUCACUCCAGACAGUACGCGCCUUGUCAGCGGAGGUGACGACGAGACCAUCCGUGUAUGGGAUGUACAAUCCGGUGCAUCAUUGCAAGUAUGGAACCCACAUGAUCGUCCUGUUGUAGCUCUCAGCAUUUCGUCUGACGGUUCGCGACUAGCCAGCGGAUCCGGACCUUACGGAUCUUACUACAGUACCACCCGAGUAUGGGACGUCAAUUCUUAUGAAGCGAUUGGAGGACCACUUCAGCACGAUUACUCGGUAUUGUCAGUCUGUCUCUCGCCUGACGGCUCGAAAGUGUUAAGUGGGUCAGAUGUUGGAGCGGUACGCCUUUGGGACAUCUCCCGCGGAGAGCAGGACUUUAUCUUCAAGCAUGAAGAACCGGCCAAAAGCGUGCAAUUCUCCCUCGAUGGAUCUAGGUUCCUCAGCGCCUCGGAGGGUGGGCGUGUUUGUGUAUGGAGCGCCAGCACCAGGGAGCUUCACCGGACCAUGCAUCAUGGCAGCAGCGUAGGGUCCGCAGCUUUCUCACCAGAUGGAAUAUCUAUUAUGAGCGGUACCAAGAAAGGCGAUGCUCGUUUGUGGGACGUCAGCUCUGGAAGUCUCCUGCUUCCACAGGUGGAGUGUCAUGCAGUCCAUUCUUGCCAAAAUUAA